ACACAGCGCCCCAGUCGCCUGGCAGCUUCUGUUGGCUCAGCAGCGGAGGGAUUGCCGCGGCGUGUUCUUGGCGCCUCCCGGUCCGCAGUGCUUCCGCCCGGCCCGCCGGCCGGACUCCCGCCCGCAUCCCCCAGCUGGUCCGGGGGUCCGGGCACCGCCUCCACGGCGGCCCCUCCGGACCUGAGCACCGGGCCGCAGCCCGAGCCCCGAGCGGACGGCGUCAUGAAGAACCUGCCGUGCUUCUGCCACGGCGAAGUCGUGCGGGGCUUUGGCCGCGGCUCCAAGCAGCUGGGCAUCCACACCGCGAACUUUCCUGAACAAGUGGUAGAUAAUCUUCCCGCUGAUGUAUCCACUGGCAUUUAUUAUGGAUGGGCCAGUGUGGGAAGUGGAGAAGUCCAUAAGAUGGUGGUGAGCAUAGGAUGGAACCCAUACUACAAGAACACGAAAAAGUCCAUGGAAACUCAUAUCAUGCAUACCUUCAAAGAAGACUUCUAUGGGGAAAUCCUCAAUGUGGCCAUUGCUGGCUACCUCAGACCAGAAAAGAACUUUGAUUCUUUAGAGUCACUUAUUUCUGCAAUUCAAGGUGAUAUUGAAGAAGCUAAGAAACGACUAGAUUUACCAGAACAUUUAAAACUCAAAGAAGACAAUUUCUUCCAGGUUCCAAAAGGCAAAAUAAUGAAUGGCCACUGAUGAAAAAUCAUCUUACUUAUUCAUUCAUUGUUCUCAAAUAUCUUACAGCUGUGACUUAGUUUAAACAGUGCAAUGUAAUUAUUAUUAUGCUUCAUGUUCAAUUAAACCCAUCAUGCUAUAGCACUAAAAAUCCUUAUUUUAGAAAUCUAGAUUCUUUCUAUGUAAUAUGUUGACUAAAAUUUACCACUAGAAAUAUCAAGUGUUUUAUAAGGGGAAUGAAAUGUAUAAAGCUAGGGGUAAAAAGGCAAGUUACUAGUUUGGAAUGAAAACUAAUUAUAGUAAGAGGCUAGCAUGUAUGUACUUGAUUAGCAUGUGCUGCUAAACAGAGAAGGCUUAUAAAAGUAAAUUAUUAAAACAGGUUUGAUAGCUUAUUAUAAACAUAAGAGGGAAAAUUUAUACAUUGUAUUUUUUAUAUUUUGUGCAUUAAAAUAUUACUACAAACAU